AUGGGUAUUACAGAACAAGAUCUAUUACCUCUCAAAAAAAUAAAAAUUCCUCCAGAAUAUGAAAAUGAUUCUUAAUUCUAUUAAGAAACAAUCAUGAAACAAUACGAAAAAAGAAGAUAAAGAUUAUUAAUUGAAUAUAAUGAUUUACUUAAUAAAAAAUCAGAAGAAACUUAAAUUCAUCCAAAAUCUUAACCACCAGAAGAAAAAUACGAAGACUCUACAACCUCAAGGAUAAAUGAUAAAUUAUUGAAAAUGAAGAAGUUUUAACAAGAUUAUAGAGAAUAAUAAUUAAUGUAAUAUUCAUAAAAAGAAUAAUUAAUUGAAACAAGAAGGAAACAAAUAAAUAGUGAAAGAGAAUUACGCGCAUAAUAAAAAGAAGUUUUAGAUACUUCUCGACUAGAAUAAGUUUAAAGAAAUAGAAAUAUGAUAGAAAAAUUUAUAACAGAUAAACACGUUAGAAGAAGAAUGAGUUAUGAUGCUAAACUACAAAAAUGGGAGCUUCAUAAAUAAGCUUAAUAUUUAAUACCUAGAAGUAGUAGAAUGGAUGAAACAUUGGCUCGUUAUUAAAGAUCUUAGGAGGAGAAAAAAUAGCAGGAUUUAUAAAGACUAAGAAGAUUAGAAGAAAGUUUAGAGAAAGCUUGCUCCAAAAAAACAUAAAAUAUUAUAGAAAUUAAAAGAAGAGGAUUAUUAGAAUAAUUAAAAAUUGAAGAAGCCUUAUUUAAUAGAUAAAGAUCUUAAAAUUCAAAAAAUAGCAAUAUAUUAGAAAAAGUACAAUAAAAAACUGUUUUUAUUAGACCAUCUAUGAGUGAAAUACCUAAAUAAAAACCUUUUCCAUAACCAAAAUUUUUAUGUUCUAAAUAACAAAAGAAGCUGAAUUCAUAAACAAUCUCACAUUUUUCAUAAGAAAUAAUAUCUCUUGUAGAUUCAAUUAACAUUCAUGAUAUUGAAGAGAAAUUAUUACAAGUAUUUGCUACAUAGGAUAAGACAUAAAGAGAAUUAUUUGCUAAAACUAAUUAUUUAUUUUUAUAUCACUGA